UGCAUGCCGGGGGUCGUAGUUCCGGUGGCGAUGGCGGCGCGGCUGCUCCCGCUGCUCCCGCUGCUGCUGCGCUGGGCCCGGCCCGUCCAGGGCACCGCGCCGCCGGGCGGCGGAUGGCUGGCGGGCUCGGUGCCGGAGGAGGAGCGCUGCACCGUGGAGCGGGUCGAUGCCUCCCUCACAUACUCCCUCUUCCUGCAGCGGUUCGCCUUCUCCCGGCCGGUGAUCCUCGGCGGGGUCACGGACAACUCGGCGUUCCGAGCCCUGUGCACCCGGGAGAAGCUGCUGGCGGCGUUCGGGCCGCUCCCGGUGCGGCUCAGCACGGCCAACACCUACUCGUACCGCAAAGUGGAUGUGCCGUUCCAGGAGUACGUGGAGCGGCUGCUGCAGCCGCAGGACCCGGCCCGGCUGGGCAGUGACACCCUGUACUUCUUCGGCGACAACAACUUCACCGAGUGGGGCCCCCUGUUCCAACACUACGUGCCCCCUCCGUUCCGCAUCCCGGGCACCAGCCCUGCCUACAGCUUCGGGAUCGCAGGCUCAGGCUCCGGUGUUCCCUUUCACUGGCACGGCCCCGGUUUCUCCGAGGUGAUUUUUGGCAGGAAGCGCUGGUUCCUGUACCCCCCGGAUAAAACCCCCCACUUCCACCCCAACGAGACGACGCUGGCCUGGCUCCAGCACACGUACCCCACACUGCCCCCUGCCCAGCGCCCGCUCGAGUGCACCCUGCGCCCCGGGGAGGUCCUGUACUUCCCUGACCGCUGGUGGCACGCGACACUCAACCUGGACACCAGUGUCUUCAUCUCCACCUUCCUUGGGUAGGGCCAGGAAGGACAAGGAUGUGUCACCAUCAUCCUGGACACGGCAGGAAUUCCUGCCACCCUCAGGGAAAGGCAACUGGUUUGGGGACCAACUGCCUGAGAAAGUUCUGGGUUUUACUGGUCUUUUUCCUCCCCCUUGGAUUAAAGUUGUUCUACUGUA